ACCAUGAACAAGCUCCUCAUCGCCCUCGCUAUCGCCUCGACCGCCGCGUUCCGCGCGCCGACCUCCGUGGUCAAGCCCUUCCGCCCGGCGGCGGCGGCUUUAGAUGUUGAGAGCAUCAAGGGCUCCGUGGCGCCGGCGGACCUCGGCGCGACGAACCAGGCGCUCUACUCCUGGGUCGGCGCGGCCGUCGGCGUCGCGGGCCUCGCCAAGCCCGCGUGGCUCGCGGAGCAGACCCUCGGCAUCGCGACGAACGGCGCGACCGACGUGAUCAUCCGCGGCUCGGCGAUGGCCGCGCUGCUCCUCGGCGCGCGCGCGGGCCAGGAGUCCGAGGCCAACGCGGCCAAGACGGCCCUGCUCUGGUUCGGCGGCUGGUGGUACUUCCUGCGGGGCUCCACGGGCGUCGCGGGCCGCACGGCCGCCGCGUGCGGCUUGAUCGCGCUGAGCGCCGCGCGGCGCUCGGGCGGCCUCUGGAAGUUCGCCACGUCCCUCGACACGGACGGCCUCUCGUCCAUCCUGCCCAAGAACCGCGACGUGACCAUGCAGAACAUCGUCGGCAUGCAGAUGAUGGGCUGGGGCUUCGCGCUCUGGUUCGCGCCGCAGCUCGUCACGGACUCCAUCAUGGGCGAGAAGGCCGCGGUCGCCGCCAUCGCGCUCAAGGGCCUCGCCGUCAACAACCUCGUCCUCGGCGGCAAGGUCAUGGCCGGCACGGAGGACUCCGCGCGCACGAACGGCCUCAUCUUCUUCGGCGCGUGGACCGCGCUCUCGAUCCUCGCGAAGAACGCGGGCAUCGCCUCGGGCCAGUACCUCGUGCCCGUCAUCGCCUGGAACGCCGCCUGCGCGGCCUACACGUCGGCGACGAAGAUCAAGGAGGCGCCGAAGAAGCGCAAGAAGAAGCAGAUCAGCGAGGAGGUGGCCCUCAAAUUACAGCAGAAGUUGAAGGCCGCCUGCCUCAACGACUCGCCCCAGAAGUUCUUCCGCAAGUUCGACAAGGACAAGAGCGGCGACAUGGACGCCGCGGAGCUCACGCGCAUGAUCCGCGUGAGUCUAAAGUUGGGCAAGGACCAGCUCACGGACAACGAAAUCAAAGCGCUCAUCGACGCGCUCGACGACGACGGCUCCGGGUCUUUAAGCCUCGAGGAGCUCGGCGACUUCGUCGAGCGCGGCAGCAAGACCUUCUACAGCGACGCCAAGGCCGGCGACGACGGCGAGAAGGUCGCCAAGUGGGGCGCCAAGGCCGAGGAGCCCGAGGAGCUGAAGAAACUGAAACGCGCCAAGAAGAAGAGCCGCAAGAAGCGGCCGAGCUUCAACGAGGCCGUCAUGCACCGCUUCCAGAUGAAGCUCCAGGCCGCCGUCUUCGGCGCGUCGCCCGCCGAGUUCUUCGCCAAGUUCGACGUGGGCGGCGACGGCACGCUCGACGCGGCCGAAUUAAAAACGAUGAUCCGCAAGAGCCUGCGCAUCCCCGGCUCGGAGCUCAGCGACGGCGACAUCGACGCCUUCGUCAAGGCCGUCGACGACGACGGCACGGGCUCCCUGAGCCUCGCGGAGCUCGGCGACUUCGUCGAGCACGGCGCGACGCGGGGCGGGAAACGGGCGCGACGCACGAAGACGUUCUUCGCCGACGCCGCGACGGCCGAGGCGCUGAGCCAGGCGACGUCCGACGACUCGUCCGUGGGCUCGCGGAGCACGGUCAAGUCCCUGAAGUGGGGCGAGCGCGCCGAGGAGGCCGAGGCGGCCAAGGAGGCGCGGAAGACGCGGCUCGCGAAGAAACGAAGGCCCGACUUCGACCCCGAGGUCAUGCGGAAGCUCCAGGGCCGCCUCCAGGCCGCGACCUUCGGCAAGGAGCCCCUCGAGGUUUUUAAAGCGUUUGACAAGAGCGGCGACAACGUGCUGGAUUUAGCGGAGCUCACGCGGAUGAUCCGCGUCGAGUUAAGAAUUUCCGGCGACGAGAUCCCCGACGACGUCAUCGCCGCGUUCGUCCGCGCCGUCGACGACGACGGCGACGCGACCGUGUCCCUCGAGGAGCUCGCGGACUUCGUGCAGUACGGCAUGGCGACGUUCUACGCGGACCACGCGCAGUCCGCGGAGAACGCGCCACAGCGCGCCAGGGGCAAAUCCAUGGCCUGGGGCGAGCGCGCGCCCGAGGCGCAGGCCGCCGUCGACGCGCGCAACGCGCGGCGCAAGAAGCGGCUCCGGCCCGACUUCGACGCCGCGGUCAUGAAGAAGCUCCAGAUGCGAUUGAAGGAGGCGUGCCGGGGCUUCGACGACGUUAGGGAGGGGCUCAAAGCCUUCGACAAGAGCGGCGACGGCCAGCUCGACGGCGACGAGCUGAAGCGCAUGAUCCGCGUGGACCUGCGCAUCACGGACGCGGACCUCAAGGACUCGGACGUCGCCGCGUUCUUGCGGGUCGUCGACGAGGACGGCUCCGGCUUCGUCUCCGUCGACGAACUCGCGGACUUCGUCGUCCACGGCAUCGCCCACUUCUACAACGACGAGGCGCUCGACGGCAAGAAUCUGGCGCUGCCGCUCCCCGCGGGCUGCGACCCGGAGGCGCUCGGGCGCAUCAUCGGGAGCCUCCAGUCGCGGCUCAAGGGCCGGCCGACGCGGCCCGCGUUCAAGGCGGUCGACGGCGACGGCGACGGCCGCGUGCCCGAGGCCGACUUCGUCGGCGCGCUCCGCGGGGAUCUGCUCAACCUCAGCGAGGACGACCUCGACGCCGACGACGUCGGCUUCCUCGUGAAGAUCGUCGUCGCGGACGACGGCUCCCAGGUCGACGUCCGCAAGCUCGCGGCGCUGUUGAAGCGCGGCGCGGCGCUCUUCCCGAAGAUGGCCGCGGCCGAUCGAAAGCUCGUCGCCGACUUCACGAAGAUCUACCGGCUGCGCGUCGAGCGCGCGACUUCCGCGCGCGUCCUCGCGGAUUUCGAGGCGAAGCAGCCGAAGCGCGACCCGAACCUCGACGUGCCCAAGCUCGGCAGGCGCCUCGCGCCGUUCCACACCCAGUUGUUCGCCUGGCUCGACGACGUCAAGGCGUCCCCGCUGAAGCCGCGCACGGCGAAGAACAUCCACGACUUCGACCAGGCCAAGGGCGCCGUCGGCGGCGGGUCGCUCCGGCACCGCGGCCGCCUGUGCGGCCACGCGAUCAUGGUCAAGGAGGACCUGGGCCCGUCGAACGUGCAGCCGCUCCGGGAGCUGCGCUACGCGCUCAAGUACCACGAGGACCUCGGCUCGAACGUCGCCGCGGGCGCGACCUUGCUCAAGAUGGGCCGCGCGCUCCGGCGCGCGCCGCUCCACCGCGACCACCCGGUCGGGCCGCACCGCGCGCUCGAGCUCAAGUGCGCGGGCGAGGCCUGCGGCGCCGCCGCGCGCUGCUUCGAGAAGGAGCUCGAGAGCGGCCACCCGACCUACGCGCGCGCGGCGCUCGAGGCCGGCGACGCGCUCCUCGCGGCCGAGGACGAGUGGGUCCGCGCGCACGGUUUGGGGGUCGGGGACGACCUCGACGACGCCGCGGAGGCGGAGCGCGUGUCCAUGCUCCAGCUCGCGCAGCGCGUGCUGUCCAACUGCCGCGCGGCCCAGGCCGCCGCCGCCGUCAACGUCAAGUCCAUGGCGCCCCGGGAGCUCGUCGAGUUCUCGAAGACGCAGUGCCUGCUGGCGGUGGUCUUCGCGCGGCAGAAGGUGCCCUCCAAGGCCGAGGAGCACUUCGACAAGUCGCUCAAGCUCUUCUCCCGCCUCAAGCUCAGCCAGCGGAACGCCGUCGCGGAGGACGAGGCCGACUGGCACGGCCACCGGGCCCGCGCGGCCUUCCGCGACGGCGACUUCCCAUUGGCGAAGACGCACAUCAAGGAGCGCGAGGCCCUGCUCGCGAGCGCCGUCGGCGGCGACGACCCGCGGCUCGUGGAGACGCGCCGCGUGCGCAUCCUCUGGGCCCACGAGCUCGGCGCGGGCGCGGGGCCCGCGGGCGAGACGGCCGUUAACUCGUAAGGUUACGCGGCGCUGCG